CCUUCGUCCCGACCUCCACACCCACCACCGCCAUCUCUCUCAGCUCCGGCAAGCUCGCGAACACCUUGUUUCUUCUCCCGGUCCAAGAGAAGUGCUGCAUUGAUGUCGACCGAGGUUGCUGCGCCCGACGUCCCGGCGACUCAGGCGGAGGCAGCCGCCGCCGACCCCGUCGUGGACGCCCCGGAGGCCACCGACGCCGCAGCGAAGCCGGCCAAGGAGAACAAGGCCAAGGCCAAGAAGCCCGCCGCCCCCAGGAAGCCCCGCGCCAACCCCUCCCACCCGCCCUACGCCGAGAUGGUGUCGGAGGCGAUCAGCACGCUGAAGGAGAGGACGGGGUCGAGCCAGUACGCGAUCGCCAAGUUCGUCGAGGAGAAGCACAAGGCGCACCUGCCGCCCAACUUCCGCAAGCUGCUGCUGGUGCAGCUCAAGAAGCUCGUCGCCGCCGGCAAGCUGACCAAGGUCAAGAGCUCCUACAAGCUGCCGCCCACGCGCGCCCCCGCCGCUGCCAAGCCCAAGCCGGCCGCCAAGGCCGCCGCCAAGCCCAAGCCGAAGGCCAAGGCGCCUGCCAAGACCACCAAGGCCGCCGCCAAGCCCAAGGCCAAGGCGCCAGCCAAGACCACCAAGGUUGCCGCGAAGCCCAAGGCCAAGGCGCCUGCCAAGGCCCCAGCCAAGACCACCACCAAGGCGGCGGCGAAGCCCAAGCCGGCUGCCAAGGCUGCUGCGAAGCCGAAGGCCAAGCCUGCCGCGAAGGCAAAGCCGGCUGCCAAGCCGGCCGCGAAGGCGGCGGUCAAGACGAAGGCGACCGCUGCUCCAGCCCGCGGCCGCCCCGCCAAGGCAGCGAAGACGUCAGCCAAGGACGCGCCUGGGAAGAAGGCCGCCGCCCCGGCGCCCGCGAAGAAGCCCGCCGGCAGGAAGCCGCCCACCAAGCGGUCGACGCCGGUGAAGAAGGCCGCCGCUCCGGCCAGGAAGGUCCCGUCCCGGAAGGCCAAGAAGUAGACCCACAACUCCUCCGCCGCCUCGCGGACGUACCUAGGGUCCUGAGCUUGUUUUCCAUUAGCUGGUUUUCUUCUUCGUUGUUUAGCCGAGAGAGAUAAGGGUUGUGUGUCGGGGGUACCUCGCUGUAAAUUUGAUAUCGGGGUGGGGGUACAUCGGUCAUUCCGCGGUACCCAUCGGGUGAAAGGGGGUCGACGAUGACGAAGAGAGAGAGAGAGGGUUUGUGAAUCUUAGGGUAAUUGCCUGUAUUUCUGUAGCUGAUUGGGCAGGAGUUUUUAUUGUAGCAAUAUCAAUGUGAAAUUUGUCGAAAUUACAGUAUUGUUGUUUAUGCAAGA